AUGGCCUCUUCGAGAAGAAGACUGUGUCAUUUUGUCGUUGUCUUCCACUUUCUGUUGAGCUGGAUAUUCCAUGGUCGAUUGCAUUAUGAUGCAUACUGGGGAGCAGGAGAGGGUGCGAAGGACGACGAAAGAGUCAGUUUGUUCAGUGUGGAUAUCCCUGAAGAGAAGUCACGGCUCAAAAACUCCAUAACAAUGGAUCUCUUAAAUUUGACGCAUAUGUUGAAGACAUUUGAUUGGGUACAACAUCAGAAUUUCCUCAACACGUUCAAGCAGUACAGAACAGAGAUAGAAGGUCUGUCCAUCCAUUUUCUGCGUGUAUCGAUCCCAAAGGAAGCGGGCAAGGAUACGGUACCAAUCGUGCUCCUACAUGGAUUUCCUGGAUGUUACUGGGAUUUCUAUAAGGUUAUUCCGAAUCUGGCGAAUCCUGCUCGUUUUGGUUUCGAGUUUGGUGUAAAGAGAACCAUAGUGUUCGAUGUGAUUGUGCCCAGCUUACCGGGAUUCGUCUUCUCCACAAAACCAUCAAAAGCUGGUGAAUUCCUUCUUAUUUCAGUGCUGGGAAGUGAAGUUGCAGCUGUGAUAGGUGCUCUCUACCCUUACAACGUAAGAGGAGUUCAUGUCAGCAAUCCUGUCGUUCAUCCAAAAUUUUCGCCACAGGUACCAUUUUUUAUGAUAAUUCCCGUUCACCACGAAUUUCGUAUUUCAGGUGACGCUCUGGUCUCGUCUGUUGUCGGAACAUCAUCCUAUUUGAUGUCUGUGUGGUCGUUUUUCUCAUCACGUGAUCCACCCAUACUGCCAAAUAGGCUCUUCACGCUGGACGAACUUGCUACCAUUUCCUACCUCUACUAUCUUAGCGAGACCACACCACAUGCCUUACGAAUCAUGCGCAACUUCUUUGACAGUUAUUUGCUACAAGUUCGUGUUCCCAGUGCUAUUCUGCAGUCACCAGACGUACCAUGGCACAGUUCUAAAUCAAUAUGUCGGCAUCGAUUCCUUAACUUAACCUCCUACACAAAGGCCCCUAAGGGAGGGGUGUUCCAGCAUUUGCAAGAUCCCAAUACAUUUGCCGCAGAUAUUUUUCGUUUUGUCGAGCUUGUACUUAUAUGA